UGCGCAGGUGGCCCACUAUCAACCUCACUGUACUAGCUGUGGCCCUCGCUUUGGACUCUCUUUUUCGGGUUCAGCACCCUGUGCAAGCAGCGGCUUGGUUUUUAAUUCCUGGAAAUUCUCUCCUUUUUCCUUGGUUUUAGAGACAACCGUAUUUUAUGAGAGCAGCUGCACGAGUACCCUGGAACCUGGUGUAUUUCUGCCCAACGAGCCCGUUAUUGCCGGUGCGCAGGAUUUUCUCUUAUACGACUCAUCGCUGCCUUGCUAUAUUGGACAAUUGCCGCCAAUUCCGCACAACAUUUUAUAAAAUGGCUUCCGAAGCCCCCUCACAGCUGCCAGUGGAAGCUCCAGAGCCCAAGCUCCAGACACAAAGAACCACAGACCAAGUAACAGCCGACGGCGAGGUGAAGCCCAUGUCUAAGAAGGCGCUCAAGCGCAUGCGCAAGCAGGAGAAAUGGGACAAUGGAAUCGAAGAGCGACGACAGAAGCGCCGUGACAAGCGCGUGGAGCGUCGAGCUCGCAACCGCGCGGACCGCGAAGCCCAGAUCGCUGCUGGCGCUGACCCGGCAUCCUUCGUUCUGCAACGUACACCCGCUACACUGGUCCCCGUCACACUGCUAUUUGACUGCGACUUUGAAAAGUACAUGACGGAGAAAGAAGGCAUCUCGCUUUCCAGCCAAGUGACGCGGGCCUACUCGGACAACCGCAACGCCAAGUACCGCUCACACCUGUGGAUUGCCGGCUUCAACGGCCGUCUCCAGCAGCGAUUCGACGGCACGCUGCGCAGCGUCCAGAAGAACUGGAAAGGCGUCAACUUCCACGAGGGCAACUUCCUCGAGGCGGCCGUCAAGGCGCGGCAAGGCAUGGUCGACAAGCCGGGCGAGAUGAUCCCAUCACUACAGAAGAGUGUGGACGAGCCUGUGGCCUGGACAAAGGACCCCGUGGACCCGUUCCCGCUGGACGACCCGGAGCCACCAUUGAACGAGGAGUACAAGGACGUGGUGUAUUUGUCGUCGGACUCGCCGUACACGCUGGAGCGUCUAGAGCCUCACACGAGCUACGUGAUUGGCGGACUGGUUGAUAAGAACCGUGAAAAGGGCCUAUGCUACCGCCGCGCGCGAGAACUGGGUAUUCGUACGGCUAGGCUGCCAAUUGGCGAGUUUAUGGUGAUGCAGAGCCGGACGGUGCUCGCGACGAACCAUGUCGUGGACAUUAUGCUCAAGUGGCUUGAGUUUGAGGAUUGGGGUAAGGCCUUUGUGGCUGUCAUUCCUAAGCGCAAGGGUGGCCGCUUAAAGGGUGAGGAGGGCGAGGAAGAGGAGAACCACGACGAAGAAGAGGAAGAACAGCAGGAGAAUGUUAAUGAGGAGGAUGAACCGCAAGCCGAAGCUGGCAAGCUCGUGGCUGGCGAAUCAAAGACGCAAUCAUAGCAUACAGCAUAUCAUGUU